AUGAACGUAAUUGCAGAUAGAACAAGGUCAAAAGCAAACAAAUUAACAUCAAACAUGAGCAACAAUGACUGUAAUACACAGUCGAAACAAGAGACUACUGCAAUUGAGGAUGAACGUGGAUAUAUUGAUAAAUCCACAACCACUUUAUUUCGGACAACAUCGAUCUUAGAUGAGGAUAAAAUACGAUCAGAUGAUAAAGUUACGUUAACCUCAAUUUUAAGUAAGCAACACAUACCAAAUGUAUUAGAGAGAAUUCAGGAUUUUUAUGGUACAAAACAAGAAGAUGUGGUAGCAUGGAUCGACCAACUGGAAGUUGCACUAGAUUUAACUGACCAUGCACAAGGUAAAUGGAGUAAAUUAGCUGCAUGGUAUUUAAAGGGUGUAGCAUUAAGUUGGUAUAUUAAGAAUAAAAACCAAGUUUAUGACUGGGAUUCAUUUAGACAAAUGAUAGUCGAGAAAUACCCAACAUGUGUUAAUCAUCAUAAUGAUUUAAUUAAACUGGAACAAGCAAUUCCCUCUUCAACAACAAUAUUAAAUGCAAAAUCUGUCUCAACAAUCGACUUAUCAAAUAAUUUGCUUAAAACAUCGAUGGAACAUAAGGUAAAACAGUUACCUAUAUUUAGUGGAAAAGACAAUGAAAAUGUUACCAAAUGGUUAAAUAACAUCACACAAAUAGGUAAGAUGGUGAAUUGUAGUGAUGAUGAGUUAUAUGUCGUGGCAAAAUUUAAACUAGAAGGUGAUGCUCAAAAUUGGUAUCAAAAGAAGCAAGAUAAAAUAUGUGAUUGGAAAACGUUUAACCAAUUAAUAUCACACAGAUUUCCGGCAAUACCACCAUCCAAUGACCGAGAAAUAUUACGCCAAUUAGCCGGGGGUAAACAAGCAUGGAAUGAACCAAUUUCAAGAUUUUAUCGUGACAUAAUGAAUUUAUGUGAUAAAUACGAUUCCAGUAUGGCAGAUUCAUCACGAAUUGCCUAUUUACAAGAUGGAUUAAAACCGGAAUUGCAAACAUUAUGCAUUAAACCAACAAAUAACAACACUAGAACAAUUUUUUAA